UGCACUUUCACGCCCUAAUCAUGGAGGUAAACAUCGUGUACCCCUUGGCGGUCGUCGCCAUCCUGGUCUGGUUCUACCACCGGUUAACCCGGGUCUACGGCUACUUCCACGAGAAACCGAUCCCGUCGAUGGCUGCCAGGCCGAUGUUUGGUAGCACCAAGCCCGUGCUGACGAAGAAGUGUUCGUUCAACGAGUUUAUCAAGAAGAUCUACGACCAGUACGAGGGUGUCAAGUGUUUCGGCUUGUUUGACGCCAAUCAGCGAUUUUUCGUGCUGCGUGAUCCGGAGCUGAUAAAGAAGGUGGCUGUUAAAGAUUUUGACCAUUUCGUUGAUCGGCGGCCAAUGUUUGGGGAUCGAACGAGUGAAAAUUCCAACAUCAUGUUCCUGAAAACGCUUGUUGGAUUGAAGGACCAAAGGUGGAAGGAUAUGCGAGGAACGCUGAGUCCGGCCUUUACUGGAAGCAAGAUGAGAGCCAUGUUUGAGCUGAUCACGGAGUACAGUGAGCGAAUGGUACAGGUCGUGAGGGGUGAAGCUGCUGAAUCGGGAUACGUUGAUCAGGAGAUGAAGGACUUUUUCAGGAGGAUCGCGAACGAUAUCAUCGCUACGUGUGCGUUCGGAUUGCAGGUCGAGUCGUUCAAGAAUCGCGACAACGAGUUCUUCACUAUGGGCAAGGAGAUGUUGAACUUCAAGCGAGCGUUUGUGAUCUUUCGGAUGAUUGCGUUCAAGCUGUUCCCGGGAAUCAUGAGCAAGCUCAACCACGACAUCAUCGGUAAGAAACAGUUGGAGUACUUUACGCGGAUCAUCCGAGACACUGUGGAAACGCGCGAAGCUCGAGGAAUCGUCCGCCCAGAUAUGAUACAGCUGUUGAUGGAAGCUCGGAAAGGUACGCUAAAGCACCAACAAGAAUCUUCCAACACCGGAGCCGGUUUCGCAACGGUGGAAGAAUCCCACAUCGGCCAGGCAACCUCGAACAGAGCGAUAACAGAACCAGAACUCAUCGCCCAGUGUCUGAUCUUCUUCCUGGCCGGAUUCGACACAAUCUCCACGGUGUUUACCUUCAUGGCUUACGAGUUGGCCCUCAACCAGGACGUCCAACAAAAGCUCCACCAAGAAGUGGUUCAAACCAACAACCUUCUCAAAGGUAAACCCCUCACGUACGACGCCCUCCAAACACUGACCUACCUGGACAUGGUCGUUUCGGAGUGUCUCCGAAAGUGGCCCGCCCCGGCGAUCGAUCGACUAUGCGUGAAAGACUACGUUCUAGACGACGGCGAGGGCCUCAAGUUCACCAUCGACAAAGGGGCCUGCGUGUGGUUUCCCGUGCACGGCAUCCAUCGAGACCCAAAAUAUUACCCCGAUCCGGAGCGAUUCGACCCGGAGCGGUUCAGCGAGACGAACCGGGCGAGCAUCAACCCGGCAGCUUACAUGCCGUUCGGAGUUGGCCCAAGGAACUGUAUCGGGUCGCGUUUUGCGCUGAUGGAGAUUAAGGCGAUCGUGUACCAGCUGCUGUUGAGCUUUAGCUUUGAGCGGACGGAGCAGACGGAGGUGCCGAUUCAGUUGGCCAAAGGGUUUGUCAAUUUGGCCAGCGAGAAUGGGGUGCAUCUUAGGUUGAAGUUGAGGGUGUAGUUUAGUAAGGAUUCAUUCUAAGCGAAUUUUA